AUGCCGCGAAUCGUGGAUUAUUCUCCUCCGUGGCUAGCCAGGCCCUCUCCAGGUGUUGAUCUCUUCUGUCCUGAAGCAAAGGAUAAGUCGUUGUCGUCAUCAUUGCAUCGCGAUACACAGAAAGCUAUCCAAGAACCCACGCAGGAACCACGGCCGGUUCGAACACUUGCUCGAAGAGGCACGGAAGUCUUUACUGUCAUCGAUAACCAGAUCAGAUGGGCAGAUCUUGCGAGAUUGAAAGAUGAAUGGAGGAAAGGAGUAAAGCAGAAGAGGGAGGAAUCUGCUGGAGAGGCUAGUGGAGCAGAUAAGAAAGAGAAUGGUACGCUGGAGCGCAAUGCUGCUAGAGAAGAAUCAGAGGAACGGGAAGAAGGAGAUACCUCAAAGGCUUCAUAUUACAGAGCACUGAAUACUCCCGUCUAUGGCAAAAUUGAGCAACUCGCUGUCUCUCCCAAUGGAGCUUUCCUGGCGAUCACAACAAUCCAUACCGUUCAUAUUGCGAUCUUGCCUGAUAUUUCGCAUCUUUCUGGACCAGAUUACUCCCCUAUUCGCGUCAAAACGUUCCAACUAGGACCUACCACCCAUGUUAUACCUGAAUCACCAGUUGUUGGUGUCCUCUGGCACCCCUUGGGAAUAAAUGAUACCAAUUGUGGAUGCAUAGUUACUGUGACUGCCGAUUCAGCAGUUCGGCUAUGGGAGAUAGAUCGCAAGAACCAUUGGUCCUUUGACAGGCCUACGCUUGCGAUUGACUUGAAAAAACUGGUUGACGGAACUUCCAUGGAUCAGGACUUUACCCCAUUAAGCUUCGGUCAAAAUAAGGGUUUCUCCGCAGACUCGUUUGAUAUGGAAGUUGCGGCUGCUAGGUUUGGCGGUCACGGGUACGAGGAGGAAGAUGCAUGGGCUUCUAUGACGCUCUGGGUAGCCAUGCGAACUGGUGAUGUCUAUGCCCUUUGCCCACUUUUGCCGUCAAAGUGGCAGGCUUCGCCGGUUACUGUCCCAUCUCUUACAUCUUCCAUCGUCCGGGAACUAGCCAUUGCGCAGGCCGAGGCUAUAGACUCGGACGACGAGCUCAAAGCAACCCAGCAACAAUAUGAGUGGCUCAAGGAGAUGGAUAAUCAGGACAUAUCUGUGAUCGAAGAUGAAGCAAUGGUUACGGAAAUUCGAACCCGUCCGACUAACCCAAGUCCCAUACCGCGGCUCCAAGGGCCUUUCUUGUUUGAAUGCGAGGAACUUGAGGAAGACACGGACAUCACAGAUAUCCUUGUCAUUGCUUCCAGAGCAGACAUUGAUGAUCUGAUGGCCGGAGAGGAUGAACCCGAGCUAUUAAGUGAAAUUGCCCAGAGUGGGCUAUCUGGUACAAUCAUCUGUCUUUUGACGUCAAUAGGAACACUCCAUGUGUGCCUUGAAAUGGACGGAGUGAAAGGACAAUGGCUUCCUAGGACCUGCAAAAACACAUUCAGCACGCCCAUGUCUGAGCCAUCCGAGCUACUACUUCUGGAAUCACUGGAAACUGUUAGGGCCAAGGACAGACAACAGAAUAUGUGGCCUAUAUUCUCGGAAGCCUUUGGAUCCCGUUACGAAUUCUUCGUGACUACUGCCAGGACCGUCAGCUUCUUUUCCUUGUCCUCCUGGGUUCAUCGUAUGGAGCCGGAACUAAGAUCGGAAGAUACAGCUGGCUCAGCGUUCCGUAUUAAUAUAAUUUGUGAUGGUGAGAUCGCGGAACGGGAACAGAUGCUGCGAUUACCUCCCUCGAACCUGGCUCCAAACAGUGACCAGGAACAUUUAGCUGGUUGUUUGCCCAUAUUUGACUACGACUUGGGAUACCUGUUGCUGACUUUCUCGCCUUCCUCGCCAUGUGCCGUCCUGCUUGAUUCCCCUGAAUAUGAAGACUUUAGGGCAUCUAUGGCCCCAUCAGACUCCGGAGAACUAGAGGGCCAUGCACCCAUACCUGCGCACACACGCCCACCGUACCAGGUUCCAUCUGUAUUAUACUCGCAAUCUCCCCUCGUGUCAUUCGUUGGGGAGUUUGUGCCCCACGGCCAUAGACAUACCCUCAAAGAACCCGUCCGUCUAUCACCAUCAACUUUGGAACUCUUCACAUCUGCCCACAGAAUCUUAAGCGCAUAUACCCAUGCACUGGAAGUUGCAGCCUCUGACCUUUUCCGUCGCUGUGAACGAUUGCAAGGUGAGAUGCGCGGACAACUUACGCAGCUCGUCGAGGUCGGCGAGAGGAUACACGAUGUCUCAAACGGCACGGUUAGGGGAACUGUGCGGAAAGCUCCCGUAGAUCGUGAACAAGCGCUCAGUUCAAGGCUGAAUGCAGCCCAAACGAGACAGAAGGAGCUUACGGAGAGAUACAAUAAUAUUCGACUUAGAAUCAUCAAGGCUGGGGGACGACCAAUAAGCGAGAAGGAAAAAGUAUGGAUGAAAGAAGUUGAUACCCUAUCUACGUCGAUUGGUGAAGAUGACGGAAAAGCCAAGGGCGAAUUAACAGAAAGGCUUGAAACGGCAACUACGCUGGCAAAGGAACUACUGUCCGAUAUGAAGAAUAUCCCGGAUGUAGUUGACUCGACUCCUUCGACACCCAGCACUACACAGCCCAAGGUACCUCAGAGACUACAGAAGGCUAAGGUCGCGGAUGCCAUGAAUAUGGUUGAACGAGAGUCUGCUGUCAUUGAUGCCAUCACAUCCAGACUUGAACGACUUUCAUCCAAUUUCCCUGACCUUGAGUGA